UCUUCACUCAAACCAAAAACAAGAAAACAUACACAACUAGCAAAAAAUGGCAAACAAGCUCUUCCUCGUCUGCGCAGCUCUCGCCCUCUGCUUCCUCCUCACCAACGCUUCCAUUUACCGUACAGUCGUCGAGUUCGAGGAGGAUGACGCCACCAACCCCAUAGGCCCAAAAGUAAGGAAAUGCCAGAAGGAAUUUCAGGAAGAACAACACCUAAGAGCUUGCCAGCAAUUGAUGCGCCAGCAAGCAAGGAAAGGCCGUAGCGAUGAGCUCGAUUUCGAAGACGACAUGGAGAACCCACAGGGCCCCCAGCAGGAAGAGAAGCUAUUCCAGCAGUGCUGCAACGAGCUUCGCCAGGAAGAGACAUAUUGUGUUUGCCCCACCUUGAAACAAGCUGCCAAGGCCGUUAGACUCCAGGGACAGCACCAACCAAUGCAAGUCAGGAAAAUUUUCCAGACAGCUAAGAACUUGCCUAAAGUUUGCAACAUCCCGCAAGUUGAUGUUUGCCCCUUCAAGAUCCCUUCAUUCCCUUCUUACUACUAAAUUCCAAACAAAACUCUCAAAGCGUAUGAGAGUGUGGUUGAUACCACACCUCAUCGUGUGUUUUAUGAAAAGUGUAAGCUUUAGUAUGUUUGAGGCUAAUGUAAUUAGCACUACUCCUUAAUAAAUAAGAGUUUUGUUU